AUGCCCACCCACAGUCCUCUGCGGGGCAAGAGCUUCUACGGGCGUGAGUGGGCCCUUCAGCGGCUGCGGGCCUGGCUGGACGGAGCCAGUGGGGAGCGGGAGCGGCCGCCCUGCGUGCUGGUGACGGGCGCCGCGGGCAGCGGGAAGACCGCGCUGUGCUCCGAGGCCCUGUGGCCCACCUCGGAGGCCGGGCGCCGCGCGGGGCUGGGCGCCCGGGCCCUGGCCUGGCACUUCUGCCGCGCCCAGGACGCCGCCACCCUGGCCGUGCCCGGCUUCGUCCGGAGCCUGGCGGCCCAGAUCGGCCGCUGCCCGCUGCUGCCCUCCGAGCACCGCCGCCGCCUGGCCGAGCCCCAGGCCGAGGCCGCCCUGGGACCCGACGUCUGCGAGAGGGACCCCGACGAGGCCUUCAAGAGGGCCGUGUUGCUGCCCCUCCUGUCCCUGCCGUCCCCGGCCCGGUCUCUCCUGCUGCUGGUGGACUCGGUGGACGAAGGGCCCGACGGGGAAGGGCUCGGAGGCCCGGGGCCGCCGGGCCGCAGCGGGGGCAUCGCCGAGCUCCUGUCCUCGCACCUCCGACUGCUGCCGCCCUGGCUGCUGCUCGUCUGCUCGGCCCGCAGCGAGGGAGCCCUGGGCCGGGCCACCUUUCCCGAGGCCCGGCGGCUCAGCCUGGACGACCCCCGUCAGCCGAGCACGCGGCGGGACUGCCAGUCUUACAUCCUGCGGCGGCUGGAGCGGGAGGCGGCGCUGGAGGGAGGAGGAGGAGGAGGCCCCCUGAGCCCCGGCGCGGCCGAGGCCCUGGCCCAGCUGCAGCUCAAGAGCGGAGGCUGCCUGCUGUACCUAGAGCGGGUGCUGGACGCCGUGGCCGCGGGCAGCCUGCGCCUGGCCGACGCGCGCCACGUGCCCGCCACCCUCAACGGCCUCUACCUCUGGCUGUGCCAGCGCCUGUUCCCGGGGCGGGGAUUCCCCCGCGUCCGGCCGCUGCUGGACGCCCUCCUGGCCGCCCCCCGGCCUCUCCCGCCGGCGCGGCUCUACGCGGCCCUGUGGGCCCGCCACCCGGGCACGGCCUGGGAAGACUUCGAGGCGCGGCUGGCGGCCCUGGCCCCGCUGCUGGCCGAGGGGCCGCGGGGCUCCGUCCUGCUGUUCCACCACAGCCUGGCCGAGUGGCUGCAGGACGUGAAGCACUGCACGCCGGCCUUCCUGUGCCGGGCCGGGGACGGGCACGCCGCGCUGGCGCUGGCCCUGGGCGCCCAGGGGCCGCGCCUGGCGCCGGCCGGCGUGCACCAGCUGGCCCGCCACCUGGCCCUGGCCCACCUGCCCGGGCUGGGGGCCUGUCACCGGGCCCUGUGGCUAGUGUGGAGCGGCGCCCCGGUGGGCGGCUGCCUGGCCCCUCCGCGGGGGACGCCGCCCCGGGAGCCCGAGGCCCUGCAGCUGCUGGUGCGGGCCGGGGCCCGGCUGCCCGCGGCCGGCGGGGCGGCGUGGGGGGUGGCCGGCCGGGCCCUGCGGCUGCUGCUGGACCACGACGGCGCCUGCGUCAACCGGCGCGACGAGCACGGGCGCACCCUCCUCGCCAGCGCGGCGCACAGCGGUGACCACGAGGCCGCCGGCCUGCUGCUGGGUCAGACCCCGCUGACCCUGGCCGCGCGGCGCGGGCACGCCCGGGUGCUGCGCUGCCUGCUGGCCCACGGCGCCCGCGUGGACCUGCCGGACUCGGAGGGCUGGACGGCGCUGCGGGCGGCGGCCUGGGGCGGGCACGCCGAGGCCGUGGGCGCCCUGCUGCGGGCCGGCGCGGCGGUAGACCGGGCGGACGCGGGCGAGCGCACGGCGCUGCGGGCCGCGGCCUGGGGCGGGCACGAGCCCGUGGUGCGGGCGCUGCUGCGGGCCGGGGCCGCCGUGGACCUGGCCGACGCCGAGGGCCGCACGGCGCUGACGGCCGCCGCCUACAUGGGCCACCGGGGCACGGUGGAGCUGCUGCUGGCCCACGGGGCGCGGCCCCGACCGGCCCGGGAGGAGGCCGGGGCGGGCGGCGGCGGCGGCGGCGGCCACGUGGCCGUGGUGCGCGUGCUGCUGGCCCACGGGGCCCGGCCGGGGCUGCGCGACCGCGACGGCCUGACGCCGCUGCUGGCCGCCGCCUACGAGGGCCGCGCCGAGGUGCUGGGCCUGCUGCUGGCCGCCGGCGCCGACCCGGACGAGGCCGACGCGGAGGGGCGCACGGCCCUGCUGGCCGCCGCCGCCAUGGGGCACGCCGAGGCCGUGGCCGCGCUGCUGGCCCGCGGGGCCGGCGCCGGGGCCCUGGACCCCGAAGGCCGCACGGCGCUGGGGCUGGCGGCCGCGGGCGGCGCGGAGGCGGCCGUCCGGACCCUGCUGGCUCACGGGCUGGACGAGAACCACCGCGACGACCGCGGCUGGACGCCGCUGCACCUGGCCGCCGCCGGGGGCCACGCGGCCGUCUGCUCGGCCCUGGCCGAGCGCGGCGCCCGCCUGGGCGAGGUGGACAACGAGGGGCGGCCGCCUCUGCUGCUGGCCGCCCAGGACGGCCACACGGAUACCGCCCGGCUCCUGCUGGACCUCGGGGCGGCCGUGGAGCAGCGCGGCUACGACGGCCGCUCGGCGCUCUGCCUGGCCGCCCUGGGCGGGCACGGCUGCCUGGCCCGCCUGCUGCUGGCGCGGGGCGCCGACCCGGACCCGCGGGACGCGGACGGGCGGCCCGUGGCCCAGCUCUUGGCCCUGGCCGGGCGGGCCGACACGCUGGCGCUGCUCCUGGCGCGGGGCGCCGGGGCCGAGGGGCGGGACCCGGAGGGCCGGACGGCCCUCCAUGCCGCGUGCUGGCUGGGCCAGCCGGGCGCCGCCCGCCUCCUGCUGCAGCACGGCGCCGCCGCCAACGCCCUGGACGCCGGGGGCCGCCCCCCGCUCCACUCGGCCGCCUGGGCCGGCCACGCCGAGCUCGCCCGCCUGCUGUUGGACGCCGGGGCCGCCGUGGACCAGGCCUGCGCCCAGGGCGCCACGGCCCUGGGGCUGGCCGCCCAGCAAGGCCACGUGGAGGUGGCGCGGCUGCUGCUGGCCCACGGGGCGGACCCGGCGCGCGCCGACGGGCGCGGCCGCACCCCGGUGCGAGUCGCCGCCCGCAGCGGGCACGGGGACCUCGUGCGCCUGCUGCUGCAGGACCGUGGGCGUCCCGCGCCCGAGACCCCCGGCACCGCGGAGCGGAGCCCUGGCCGACCCCCGCUCACGAGCCCGGCGUGGCACGGCGAAGACGAGGGCAGCGGCGAGGCGGAACCGCUGGACCCUCUCAGGACGCUGGACCCUCAGCUGCACCGAAAGCACAUGCUCAAGCUGCAGUUCGAAGGACCUGCCGUCUUAUUCCCGAUGCUCAGGAAGUCCCUCCUCACGUCCACCCGCAAUCUCUCCUGCUCCUGGAAAUUCACCCGGGGGCUCCGGCCCACGUCUGACUUGGGGCUGGGGAAGGCCGAAGGACCUCUGACCGUCUCCGCCUUAUCGUACUCCCGUCGCUCCAUCCCGCUGACGAAACACCACGAUUAUCUCACGUUCGUCCUAAGGCCCCCUCCGACACUCCUGGAUACCUGUGACAGACCAAUCCGCCCUGUAGGAGCAGAGCAGAUUUUCCCAAUCGACUGA